AUGCCUCCCACCCGGAAACGGACCAAAGAAGCACAGGAUGCCCCAAAGCGAAACACCAAACAGAAGCUACGGGGUCGCCGGGGCAGUCUGGAGGCGAUGCCCGGCAUCCCUCUCGACAUAAUAAUCGAGAUCCUCGACCACCUACAUCCGCGGGACCUCCUCAGCCUCGCACGGACGUCCAAGCCGUUCCGCGCGCUACUCAUGAACAAGCGAAAUGCAUUCAUAUGGAAGGCUGCGCGGACCGCGCUCCCAGGCGGGCUGCCCGAUCCACAUCCAUUUCUGAGCGAGCCUGCGCUCGCGCACCUCAUGUUUACUUUGCAAUGUCAUAACUGCGGCAGGGGUCUGGUACACAAAGUCAUCUGGCUUUGGCUCAGGAGAUACUGCUGUAAAUGUCUGCCCAACAUGACGUGGGCGACACGUUACGUCAAAGAGAGACUAGAGGGAAUGGGGCUUGGCCGCAUCCAGGGCAGCGAUUUCCGCGUGAUCGCCAAUUUCGUGAGCCCCAACCACGAGGAUGAGGAUGCGUGGUCGGGCGAGUACAACCACUUCCAUGCCCCUCAGGUGAUUGCUUUCGAAAGGCAGUGGGACAAUGCUGGCAACAACCUCGAGAUCAAGUUUGCAGCCCAGUUGAAAAAAUGGGCGAAGGAAGACCGGGAGCGCCAAGAGCAAGAGAAUAGGCAGGUCCGAGAAGAACGGUUCGAAGACGUGCUUCGCCGGCUCAAAGAAGCUGGUUGGGGCCCCGAACUUGAGUUUUACGGGUUCCGCAUCCGUUGGGACAGAGACGGCCCCGCGCGGGAGCUGCAUACACGACGGAUUGCCCCAAAACUUACCGACAAGACUUGGCCAAAGGUCCACGACUCCCUGGAAGGGUUCAUGACCGAAUUACGGCGCCAACGUCUUUCAAAAGCACAGCAGGAUGCACUCGAUGCUAUUGAUUCUGCAAUAACAACACAUUGCACCGGACCAAUACCCCAUACCGGCAACUCAUGUUUUUUCAAGCAUGGCGGGCCCACGGCCUUGGACAUUCUCUGGAUGCCGGAAGUCGCGGCUCUGUUUUCCGAUACCGGGAACGCAAGUGAUGUGGUCGCCGGGUUGGAGGCCGUCGUGCCGCGCAUUCCACAACUAGUCGUGCAGUGGGAGGAGAACCUCAAGUCCAAGCUUCGCGAAAUGGUAUCUGACCUCUGCCCGGGGGUAUCUGAUACCAUCGAUCCGCUCGACCUCGCCAUUGCCGUCUUCAAUUGUGCAAAAUGCGAAACUUGGCGUAGCUCGCGCGUGAUGGCCAUUAAACCGGCGAAUCUACGCUACGCGGACGUCCUCACUCACAGUUGCUUCCGAAGAUACAAUGAUUGGAACACUUCGCAAUGGCCGUUGCCCAUCACCAAGGAGUACCAGCGUUCCGUCGUCGACGUCGAAUGCCGCGGGGCGCGACUGGCACGCUGCCCGCUGCUUCCGGAAAGGAUAGUCACGGGCGGCGCGCAGAGGGCACACGCUGUUCUCCUUCAGGCCAAUUGUGACCCACACGUUACGUACGCGGAGAUGCAGACAUGGGACCGGAAAGGAGGGUUGUUGAUGCCCCCUAAGGCGGAGAUUUGACCAUCCCAAUCGGAGAGCACCAG